AUGUGUAAACAUAUUCUCAACGCGCAAGUUUCCAUUCGAUCCCCAUGCUGUCGAAAAUGGUUCGAUUGCGCCGAAUGUCACCUUGACACUGAAACCCACCCUCUGAGAAAAACAACAGAAAUGACAUUCGCAUGCAAGAAAUGUAAGAAGGUGUUCCGAAAAGAUUUUGCCGACGAGACGGAAGAAAGCGAUGAAUACUGUCCGCACUGCGAUAAUCAUUAUGUUAUUGAGGCUCGAGAGCCAAAGCCGAUGUUGAAAUUCGAAGGCGAGGAUAUAAGGAAGGAUAGUAGGAUGAUUAAGGAUAAUCGACUGGAGGGGAAAGAAGGAAGAACCAUCUUUGAUGUGGAGGAGGCAGCUAACAAAUUGGGAUGA